AUGAACGCCAAUUUUAAGGUCACAAUGAGGCUGUUUACAUACUUAACUUUUAUAGCUGUUAUUUUACAUUGUUCCUACGCUCCUCCAGUCUCUCCAGAUAAAUCUAAAGAGCCAGAAGGCGAAACUGAUGACCUGGCGGAAUACACAGAAUAUCAUAGAUACUUAAAAGAAGUAGUGCAAGCACUUGAAAGCGACCCAGACUUUAGAGAGCGGUUAGAGAAAGCUAAUGAAGAAGAUGUUCGUUCCGGCAAAAUAGCGGAACAACUGGACUUUGUUAAUCAUAAUGUACGGACCAAAUUGGAUGAAAUAAAGCGUCGCGAGUUAGAGCGACUCCGUCAUCUCGCCACCAGGCAAUUCGAGUUAACAAAUAACUUGGAUGUUCACGGCAAAGUGCCAGUUAACAAGAUGGUGACCAACGAACACUUGGACCACACCAACCCUCACACAUUCGAGAUAGAAGAUCUGAAGAAGUUAAUACAUAAGACGACUGCUGAUUUGGAAGCCGCUGAUAAAAAGCGACGGGAAGAGUUUAAGGAAUAUGAAAUGCAAAAGGAGUUUGAAAAACAACAAAAAAUUGAACAUAUGGACGACACGCAAAAGAAAGAGUACAUGGAGUCGUUGAAAAAACAGGAUGAAGCAAAAAAACAUCACCAACCGCUACACCAUCCAGCAUCAAGAGAUCAGCUGUUAGAGGUAUGGAAAAUGGCGGAUAAAAUGGAGGAAAAGGAUUUCGAUCCGAAGGUCUUUUUCGUAAUGCAUGAUGUCGACGGUAACGGUGUAUGGGAUGCGGAUGAGGUGAAAGCUCUUUUCAUAAAGGAAUUAGACAAAAUGUACGGCCCCGAAGGACCAAAUAAAGAUUUACACGAGCGUGCCGAAGAAAUGGAGAGAAUGAGAGAGCAUUUCUUCAAAGAAAAUGAUCGGAAUCACGACGGCUUGAUCGAUUAUAGUGAAUUUAUGGCUGAAACUCAAAAGGAUGAGUUCAAUCGUGAUGAAGGCUGGAAACCAAUAGAUGAAAAUCAAAUCUACACGCAGGCGGAGUAUGAAGCGUAUGAGAAAAGGAGAAUAGACACUUUAAAUUAUCUACAACAGCGAGGUCUGAUCGACGCUAACGGCCGCCCGUUGCCUGGAGCUGAUCAUCAAAUACAUCAAGCGAUCCAACAGUUUGAACAGAUGCAACAUCAGGCCUACCAACAGCAAUACCAACAACAAUAUCAGCAACACUACCCUCAAGGACAACAACAUCCACAAGCUGGCUAUCAACAAGGACAAGUACCUCAGGGACAAUAUCAAGGACAAGUCCCUCAAGGACAGUAUCAAGGACAAGUCCCUCAAGGACAAGUUCCUCAAGGUCAAUACCAAGGACAGGCCCCUCAAGGACAAUACCAAGGACAGGCCCCUCAAGGGCAGGUACCUCAAGGACAAUAUCAAGGUCAAGUUCCUCAAGGUCAGUACCAAGGACAGGCCCCUCAAGGACAAUACCAAGGACAGGCCCCUCAAGGACAAUACCAAGGGCAGGUACCUCAAGGACAAUAUCAAGGUCAAGUUCCUCAAGGUCAAUACCAAGGACAAGUUCAGCAAGGACAGCAACCGGGACAAGUGCAACAAGGUCAACAACAAGGCCAAACACCUCAAGCGCAAAAUCUAGGCCAGCCACAGGCCCAAGCUCCUCCAGCACAGAUACCCCAAGGUCAAGUACCACAAGGACAAGUACCCCAAGGCCAAGCACCACAAAAUCAACAACAAAACCAACAACUUCCAGUCCAAUCCGGACAAAACCCUUCUCCACCCGUGCAACCAAACGUCAUUUCAAACCAU